GAUGGAGAAGAAAAUGGAUGCGGAUAAAAGUGAAGCAACCACGUUAUUAUACCUUGGGGACCAUGGGCGUGAAGACGCUCCUCACUCACAAAGUCAGCAGCAAAGCCAACAAUCACGUCGAGAUUCGGAUCCGGAAGAGGAUCAUUUGCUUCACGAGCGACAUCACACAAACAAUAGUCGAAAUUUGCCGCCUCCCUCGUCGCCAAUUAGCCCGUGCGCGGAAUUAGCAUCCGUUCGUGAGGAAGUUCUCGGCGAGCAAAGUAGUUGUAGUGACUUAGGCGAAGAAUUUGUCGAAGAACCGGCGGAGCACGAAGAGGAGCUUCAGACAAACUCAGAUAAUAAGAGCAGCAACUUUAAUUCUAACCUUUGUACGGAAACAAGUAACAAUAACAAUAGUAAUAAGGAAGAGAAAAAUAGCGGUGAAGUCGUUGGCGAAUCAAACGUCGUUGUCGUCGAGACACCAAACACAAAGAAGAAAAAUAAGAAAUCGUCGAGUUGUAAGGCGACAUUCGGAGCCAACGGCGGCAGUAAGAAGACUAAAAAAUCUAGCGGUAGUUUUUUUCGUCGGAAUCGACGGCAUUCCCUCUCCGAUGUAUGGCAGACGACGCUCAACAUAACGACAGUCAUGAGUACAGCGGCAACUCCCGAGGUAGCUGCGUUAUCGGCAGCUGCCCAAACGAACAUAAAUGGCGGAGCGUCGGGCAUCAGCGGAGGCGAACCCAAAACGCCCGGAAGCACAGUUGGCGUUCCCGCGCCAACAGCUCCCAAACGUCCUGUGCGACGCGGCGGAAAACCCCAGCCUGAUCGCCCGCAACGCGCGUUAUUUUGUCUCACACUCAAAAAUCCCAUUAGGAAGUUAUGCAUCGCCAUCGUGGAAUGGAAACCCUUCGAGUAUCUCAUUUUGCUGACAAUUUUCGCCAAUUGUGUUGCCUUAGCGGUUUUUACUCCAUAUCCAAACAGUGACUCGAAUCAAACAAAUGCACAUUUGGAAAAAAUAGAAUAUAUAUUUUUAGUGAUAUUCACAGCGGAAUGUAUUAUGAAAAUUAUAGCGUAUGGCUUUGUAAUGCAUCAAGGUGCGUAUCUGCGGAACACAUGGAAUUUUCUCGAUUUUACGAUUGUCGUGAUUGGCAUGCUCAGUACGGCGCUUUCGAACCUCAUGAAGGAGGGUUUCGACGUGAAGGCGCUCCGAGCGUUCCGUGUGUUGCGUCCCCUCCGAUUAGUUUCCGGUGUACCUAGUUUACAAGUUGUUCUAAAUUCAAUUUUACGUGCCAUGGUGCCUUUGUUACACAUCGCUCUGCUCGUUAUUUUUGUCAUUAUCAUUUAUGCCAUUAUUGGGCUGGAGUUGUUUUCGGGCAAAUUGCAUAAAGCGUGCUUCACGAUCGAUACUGACGAGUUGGUAGACGAUCCGAAUCCGUGUGGCGGCGCAUAUUCCUGCAACGAAGGCGAAGUGUGCAAAAUGUAUUGGGAAGGACCGAAUUUUGGCAUCACGAAUUUCGAUAAUUUUGGUUUGGCGAUGUUGACGGUCUUUCAAUGCAUUACGCUUGAGGGAUGGACUGAUAUGUUAUAUUAUAUCCAAGACGCCAUGGGAACAACUUGGCAAUGGAUAUACUUCGUUUCAAUGGUUAUUUUGGGCGCAUUUUUCGUCAUGAACUUAAUUCUCGGUGUGUUGUCCGGCGAGUUCUCCAAAGAACGUACGAAAGCCAAAAAUCGCGGUGACUUCCAAAAAUUACGCGAAAAACAACAAAUCGAGGAAGAUCUUCGCGGCUAUCUCGAUUGGAUCACGCAAGCUGAAGUCAUCGAACCCGAAAACGAGAAUCCCGUGAUGCAAGAUGGCAACAAGAAGCAAGUUAAUGAGCUCGAUUCUUCCGAGCAAAUUGGCGAGGAGACAGAAACUGUGCAAGAAUCGUGGUUUGCACGCAAGAAAAAAGACAUGGAUCGUCUGAAUCGCCGAAUGCGACGCGGAUGUCGACGUGCCGUCAAAUCGCAAGCCUUUUAUUGGUUAAUUAUCGUUCUGGUCUUCUUGAAUACGGGUGUGCUUGCGACAGAGCAUUACAAACAGCCUCCGUGGCUCGAUGACUUCCAAGAAUACACGAACAUGUUCUUCGUGGCACUUUUUACGAUGGAAAUGAUCCUGAAAAUGUACAGUUUGGGCUUUCAGGGGUAUUUCGUGUCACUUUUCAAUCGAUUUGAUUGCUUCGUCGUCAUCGGAAGUAUCGGAGAAAUGGUUCUCACGCACACAAAAGUUAUGCCUCCGUUGGGCGUUUCUGUGUUGCGUUGCGUUCGUUUACUGAGAGUCUUCAAAGUUACAAAAUAUUGGCGCUCUCUGUCAAAUUUAGUCGCAUCACUGUUAAACUCAAUUCAAUCAAUUGCGUCACUUUUGCUCCUUCUGUUCUUGUUCAUUGUGAUAUUUGCCUUGCUCGGAAUGCAAGUUUUUGGCGGAAAGUUCAACUUUAAUCCGCUCGUUGACAAGCCUCGACAUAAUUUUGAUAGUUUUUGGCAGAGUUUGCUGACAGUGUUUCAGAUCCUCACGGGUGAAGAUUGGAACGUCGUGAUGUACGAUGGCAUCCGCGCUUAUGGAGGAGUUGCGUCAAUUGGCAUUAUUGCCUGUAUUUAUUUCAUUAUUUUGUUUAUUUGUGGUAACUAUAUCUUGCUGAAUGUCUUCUUGGCUAUCGCUGUCGAUAACUUGGCAGAUGCUGAUUCGUUAACGGAAGUCGAGAAAACAGACGAAGAAGAGGAAGGUGCGCAAAAAUCUCAUAGUCCGACGCCUGUUGAAGGUGCAGAGAUGCUCGAAGGGGAACAUUUAUCUGACGAAGAUUACGACACAAAAGUGCAAAUCGACGGCAUGGAUGAAGGUUACGAAGACGGCGAAGGUGAGCAUCCCGACGACGAAGACAUGGGAGAAGAGGUCUUGUCGGAUGAGGAGGACGACUAUAACGAAGAUGCGAACGAACACGAACCUGUUUCCGCUCGACCUCGUCGCAUGUCGGAAAUUAGUAUCAAAAAUACGAAGAAACCGAUUCCGAAAGGGACAUCUUUCUUCCUAUUUUCCCAAACCAACAGUUUUCGCGUUUUUUGUCACUGGCUGUGCAAUCACAGUGUCUUCGGCAACAUGAUUUUGCUGUGCAUCAUGUUCUCGUCUGCCAUGUUGGCAGCUGAGGACCCGCUAAAUGCGAACUCGGAGAGGAAUCUGGUAAGUUUUAUCCUAAACUACUUUGAUUACUUUUUCACGACGAUUUUCACCAUUGAGCUGCUCUUGAAGGUCAUUUCUUACGGAUUUGUCUUGCACAAAGGAGCUUUUUGUCGUUCGGCGUUCAAUUUACUCGACUUGUUGGUUGUUUGUGUGUCGUUGAUUUCCAUUUUUUCAAGUUCAAGCGCAAUUUCAGUCGUAAAAAUUCUUCGUGUGCUGAGAGUUUUACGUCCGCUGCGUGCCAUCAAUCGUGCCAAAGGCUUAAAGUAUGUAGUAAAGUGUGUGAUUGUUGCUAUCAAGACAAUUGGCAACAUUAUGUUGGUUACCUAUCUACUACAAUUUAUGUUCGCAGUCAUUGGAGUACAGUUAUUCAAGGGAAAGUUCUUCAUGUGCACUGACGGAUCAAAAAUGACGGAAGAAGAGUGUCAAGGAACGUAUAUGAUCUUCGAGGAUGGAAAUAUUGACAAGCCGAAGUUGCAGGAAAGAGAAUGGGAACGAUAUAUUUUCCAUUUUGAUGAUGUAGCGAAAGCUAUGUUGACACUUUUCACUGUUUCAACUUUUGAAGGAUGGCCUGCGUUGCUUUACGUCUCGAUCGACUCAAACGCCGAAGAUCGCGGACCAAUUCACAACUUCCGACCCAUCGUAGCUGCUUAUUACAUCAUCUACAUCAUUAUCAUUGCCUUCUUCAUGGUGAACAUCUUCGUCGGUUUCGUUAUUGUCACGUUCCAAAAUGAGGGCGAACAGGAAUACAAGAACUGCGAUCUCGAUAAAAAUCAGCGAAAUUGCAUCGAGUUCGCGCUAAAGGCGAAACCGGUACGGAGAUAUAUCCCAAAGCAUCGAAUUCAGUAUAAAGUUUGGUGGUUCGUGACAUCGCAAGCCUUUGAGUACACAAUUUUCAUCUUGAUCAUGAUAAAUACCAUUACGCUUGCGAUGAAAUAUUUCCGACAACCAGAAUACUAUACAGAAAUCCUCGAUGCUAUGAAUAUGUUCUUUACGGCGGUUUUCGCGCUCGAGUUUGUCUUUAAGCUGGCGGCGUUCCGAUUUAAGAAUUAUUUCGGCGAUGCAUGGAACGUUUUCGAUUUCAUCAUCGUUCUUGGGUCCUUCAUCGACAUUGUUUACUCCGAAGUUGUGAGUAAGGGUCUCGAGGAUAAUGCCAAAGAAAAGGGUUCGAGCAUGGCGGGAUUAGUAAAACGCGCUGCGGAAGCAGGACAAGCAGCGACGGGAGGACAUAAACCCGGAUCGAGCAUAAUUUCCAUCAAUUUCUUCCGACUUUUUCGUGUUAUGCGUUUGGUAAAGUUGCUCAGCAAAGGCGAAGGUAUCCGAACGCUGCUGUGGACCUUUAUUAAAUCAUUUCAAGCUCUUCCGUACGUCGCGUUGCUCAUCGUUAUGCUGUUCUUCAUUUAUGCUGUAAUUGGAAUGCAGGUGUUUGGAAAAAUUGCCUUAGACGAUGAUACAUCAAUUCAUCGCAAUAAUAAUUUCCAAUCGUUUCCGCAAGCAGUUCUCGUGCUUUUCAGAUCCGCAACGGGCGAAGCAUGGCAAGAUAUUAUGAUGGCUUGUGCUCCGCGAGAAGGAGAAGUUCUGUGUGACGAACGUUCCGACGAUUGGCCUCACGAAAAAACGUGCGGUAGUUCAUUAGCAUAUCCGUAUUUCAUCUCGUUUUACGUUUUGUGUUCAUUUUUGAUUAUAAAUUUAUUUGUCGCCGUUAUUAUGGAUAAUUUCGAUUAUCUGACACGCGAUUGGUCAAUUCUUGGUCCGCAUCAUCUUGACGAGUUCAUCCGUUUAUGGAGCGAAUACGAUCCCGAUGCCAAAGGACGAAUAAAACACUUGGAUGUCGUAACGCUGCUGCGAAAAAUCUCACCGCCCCUCGGUUUUGGCAAACUUUGUCCGCAUCGGAUGGCGUGCAAGAGACUUGUGAGCAUGAACAUGCCUCUCAACUCCGACGGCACGGUGUUGUUUAACGCAACGCUUUUUGCCGUCGUGCGCACAAGUCUCAAAAUCAAAACUGAGGGCAACAUCGACGAUGCAAAUGCCGAAUUGCGCGCCAUCAUCAAGCAAAUUUGGAAGAGAACAUCCCCGAAAUUGUUGGAUCAAGUUGUUCCGCCGCCCGGAGUCGAUGACGAAGUGACUGUUGGCAAAUUUUACGCGACAUUCUUGAUUCAAGACUACUUCAGGCGCUUCAAGAAACGCAAGGAAGUCGAAUCGCGAGACGACGGCUUCAAUUCGACAGUUACGUUAGCAGCUGGUUUACGCACGUUGCACGAAGCAGGUCCCGAAUUGAAACGCGCCAUCUCCGGAAAUCUCGAAGAGCUCGAAGACGAACCUGAACCAAUGCAUAGACGCAAUCACACCCUUUUCGGAUCCGUUUGGUCAUCCAUUCGUCGCAGCAAUCAAUCCCGUCCACGAACGAAACCCACAAGUAGCAAUAACUCGACGAGCCCGCGCAUGGGCAACAAUUUGAGCCCGAUGAUGCCCUACAAUGGAUUUAGUGCAGCAGCCGAUUCGCUCGCCGAUGGGCUGAAUCACAUUGCGAAAAUUGGCAAUUUGGCAGCUCUGAAGGCGAGCAGCGAUCGCGGAUUGGAUACGGGAAGUUUGUAUCUCGAACAGCAAUCGCAACACGGAUCGGAAAAUAUUCCGAUGAGAUCGCUGUUCAACGGGCGGAAAAUCGCGAGUAAAGAUCCGCCGUUAUUUGACAAUAAAAAGAACCUUAGGAAUCGUUUACUUCAUCCUCAUUACACCGUUGCUGUCGUUGGAGAUGAUCGCUGUUUCGGCAAUGAACGUUUAGUGCAAUCUACCCCUGGCAGUCCACAGGAUCGACGAUCGUCGAAUUUUGACAUCGUUGGUUCAGCUGAAAGUCUCGUUGGUCGAGUUCUCGUUGAACAAGGCCUCGGAAAAUAUUGUGAUCCCGAUUUUGUGCGGUAUACGUCGCGCGAAAUGCAGGAAGCGCUCGACAUGACGAGCGAAGAAAUGGAUUAUGCAGCUGCUGAAUUGCUGCAACGCGAACGCGAAAAAGAUUUAGGCAACAAUAAUCAUCAUUUGAAACACAUGGAUCCGCAAUUAUAGCCAAAAGUUAUCUUGUUCAUAUGACUUUUUGUAUAAAGUAGGAAAUAUUUUUUUCAAAUUCUUUUUCUUUUUUGACUUUUUUGUAUAAAAAAAUAUUAAAAAUUGUUGUUUAAGAACCAAUUUUCUUGUAAAAUGAGGAAAUUCAGAUGAAACGCGAUCAUUUUUCUCUAA